AAAAUCAAAAUCCAUACGUGUGUUACAUUUUCAUUAUUAUUCGACCAUAAAGUUUAAAGCACAUCUGAAUAGAAAAAAAAGAAUUAUGAAUUGGUUUGGAAAAAGUUCAAAAGUAGUAGAAAGCAAAGAUGAUAUGGAAAGGCUUGGCAUAAGAUUGGAAACCAUCAAAUUCAAUCAUGAUCGUAAUGAAUACGAGCUCCUUAUCCACCUUCCAGGUUGCCCAAAGGAUCUCAUAAAAUUAAACUACGUGAAGCCCUCCGGAGUGCUUAAGCUGCAGGGAAAGAUGCAAAAAACAGAAUUCCUUCACCGAUUUCCUAUUCCCACCGAUUCCUCACCCACCAGAAUCUAUGCCCGAUUUCGAGGUGACGUUCUUCACAUCAUUAUGCCCAGAUCGUUCUGUGAUCGGAAAGAUGCCUCUUCAAAGCAAGAAGAUGAUCAACAAGCUUCGUCUGAUAGGAAAUCCACGGAGCAGGUAGGGGAGGAUCGCGAAAAUUUACCUGCUAGGGUUCCGGAAUCAUUGCCUUCUCAUCAGAAAUCAACCGACGAAAUGACGGGAGAAGCCGGAAAAGGUCGCGGUAAAUCACCUGCUAGCGUUCUGGAACCAUCGUCGUCCGAUCAGAAAUCAACUGAGAAAUUGACGGAAAGAGGAAAAGAUCACGAAAAAUUAUCUGAUAGGGUUUUGUCGUCAUUGCCGCAGUCUGAUCAGGUAACGACGGAGAAAUUGAGGCAACCGUCCGUUCGAAAAUCGAGCUCCUCAGUAAAGGAACUCGCAGAAAAUUACCAAAAGAACAUCUCCAAAACUUCCGAACUACCACCACCACCUCCACCGCCGCCAACGCCACGUAGGGCUGCUCCGGCGCCAUGGAAUCGGAAAGCAAAGAAUAUCGGAUCAAGAAAAGAAGAGGUAAAAGAUUCAUCUGAUCAGACAAAUGACAAAAAAAGAGACAACCCUGAAAAUUCAGUGGUAAACUCAGAGAGCAAAUUAAGAGAAGAAGUUUCUAAAAACGUGGAAAUCACCCUUGAUGAACAAGGACGAAGUAAAUGGGAGAAGAAGGGGAACAACAAAUCCAAUCCGAAAGAUGAUAAAAACGAGAAAACCGGAGUCCGUAAGUUCGGUGAAAAGGAUGUUAAAAACGAGAAAAUGGAAAAUGAAUCAAAACCUAGAGAAGAUGCUAAAAACGAUAAAAUCGUCUCAAAGGUAAAAGAAGAUGAAAGGGAGAAGAAAAAAGAUAGCGCGAAGGGGAAGGGAACAUUAGGGAUGGUGGUGGAGAAAGUGAAGGAAACUGGGAAGACGGCGGUAGCGGCAGCAAAGAAGGAAGAAAACCGGCCAAUGGUGAUUGUUGGGGCUGCUGUUUUGGUUCUUUUGGUAAUCGGAGCUUCAUUGAGAAAAAAACCCAAAAAUUAAUUAAUAUGUAAAAAUACACCUCUUUCAAAUUUAAUUUAAUUUAUGUAUUUAAUAUAUAUUUAUAACAAAUAUUUUUAAAUAAAGCUGCUGAUCCAUAAUUUGUUUCAAUAAAAAAGAGUAAAUGAUUCUAAC